AUCUCUGCCGUGCAUGAAGCAACAUUCAAUUGUCUCUCCCGUUCCAUCAACACGAACACGAAGCGCCUCAAGUAAAGCCGCGGCACGACGUCACCUUCAAGCCAAGAAAGCGCGUUCCUGGUUUGCAACGGAAACCUUACUUACCAUUUAGUGUCGAUCGAGGCAUGCGUAUCGAAUUCCACUUCCAUCUGCACCUCCGACUUCGUUCCACUUCUUGACUUCUCGCGUCCCGCCAUGAACGUGUAGCGGUGUCUCUCGCUCGUCUGCGGCUUCAAAGACUUUUCUCUCCUUCUCUACACUUCUUACCCAUGAAGAAUUUUUCCUUUCGAAAUGCAGCGCGCAGUCCGUAACAUUCACUUUCAACGACUGGCCUGGAGCGUUGGUGGCGGCUCUUCGGUCGUCGUUGGCUACGGCCUGUGGUCGAGUCGGAGGCCUUUGCUCCUCGACAGUAGCCAGAAUGAUCUCCAAACUCGGUCACGGUCCGAUAAAAGCUCUAUUGCGUCUACCAUAUCAGGCUAUUUUAGAUCGACACCGGACCCUUCAGAUCAAGAUGGGAAGAAGAACGUGAAAGAUCCCAGCGGAAGUUCGACCCAAGCGCCGCCACGCCAGACCAAAGGUCACAAAUCUCCGGAGGAACAACUACUUGACUUAAGCGAUGACAACGGACUCUCGACAUGGCAGAAGGCGACUGGAAAGUCCUCCGC